UGCCACUGCUUUGACCUCGAACCCUGCUCAGCUGCGACGCCUACCCCAUCUGUCAAAGUUAUUCGACUAAGAUGAGCCUGCACGACAACGAAGAUCUUGUCAAUUACGAGGACGAGGACGACGUUGUUCCUAACGGAGCUGCUGCUACGAACGGGGCUGCCGUGUCAGCAACGGCAGAUGUUGAUGCGGAAAAAGAGAAGAAAAACUUCUCAGGCAUACAUUCCACUGGCUUCAGGGACUUCCUACUUAAACCAGAAUUGUUACGUGCGAUCAGUGAUUUGGGCUUCGAGCAUCCCUCCGAAGUUCAACAAGAAUGUAUUCCUCAGGCAGUUUUGGGAAUGGAUGUCCUCUGUCAGGCAAAGUCGGGUCAUGGCAAGACUGCCGUCUUUGUGCUUGCGACUCUCCAGCAGUUGGAGCCCGUGAAUGGAGAAGUAUCCGUCAUCGUCCUCUGCCAUACCAGGGAACUUGCGUUCCAAAUAAAAAACGAGUAUACACGGUUCGCGAAGUAUAUGCCAGACGUCCGCGUCCAUACUUUCUAUGGAGGCACUCCCGUCCAGAAAGACGCAGAAUUACUUCGUGACAGGAACCGGUGCCCCCACAUCGUCGUAGCCACUCCAGGUCGGCUGAACGCUCUCGUCAGGGACAAGAUUCUGGACGCAAAGAAUGUGAAACACUUCACGUUGGACGAGUGUGAUAAAAUGCUUGAGCAACUUGACAUGCGCCGAGAUGUUCAAGAGAUAUUCCGAGCAACUCCUCACCACAAGCAAGUUAUGAUGUUCAGUGCUACGUUGUCGAAGGAGAUUCGAGUCACUUGCAAGAAGUUCAUGGCGAACCCGCUUGAAAUUUUCGUCGACGACGAGACUAAGUUGACUUUGCACGGCUUGCAACAACAUUACGUCAAACUGGAGGAGAAUGGCAAGAACAGGAAGCUGAAUGAGCUGUUGGACACGCUUGAAUUCAACCAGGUCGUGAUCUUCGUAAAAUCAGUCGCGCGAGCAAUUGAGUUGGACAAGUUGCUGGUGUCGUGCAACUUCCCCUCCAUCAGCAUCCAUUCCGGCCUCGCACAGGAAGAACGUAUCAAGCGUUACACGGCUUUCAAGGCUUUUGAAAAGCGGAUACUUGUUGCCACCGAUAUUUUCGGUCGUGGCAUUGAUGUGGAACGAGUGAACAUAGUGGUGAACUAUGACUGCCCUCCAGAUGCAGAUAGUUAUCUCCACCGGGUCGGCCGUGCCGGACGCUUUGGCACUAAAGGCCUCGCUAUUACCUUUGUCUCCAGCGAGAGUGAUCAGCAGGUGAUGGCAGCUAUUCAAUCUCGCUUCGAAGUUGCUGUUCCAGAGUUGCCAGAGCAUAUCGAUCCCGCCAGCUAUAUGACGUCAUAAUCAGUUACAUAACUCACAGUAUGAUUGCAAUUUGUGUUCCUUAGUUUCCUAUGUCAAAUGUGUGUAGUGAUAUACUUCGUCUGAGCUUUCUGCUUUAUAUUAACUGUGGACUAUGUGCCUCAAUUGUGCUUUCCUUGCUACAAGCACAGUUAGUGCUGUUAGUUGGUGCUUGUGCUCAAAUCACUAAACCCGUGUUGAAUGGCUCCUGCAACUGAUUGAGGAUGUCAUAUCCAUGGCACUGUACAACUAGAAUAAGGCUGUUUUGCAUGGCAGGCACCUUGUUUACUGUGUUCAUGUUCACACCCAAUAUUUAACCCCACAAUGCCUUAUAACAUAUCUCUUCAUGGCUAGAAGACUAGAGACUUGAGACAUUGCACAUGGUGCCACAAUGCCUUAUAACAUACAUCUUUGUAGGUAGAAGAUUAGAGAUUUGGAGUAACAGUGCCC